GGAACUCUCAAAUGCUUUUUUUUAAACUGAAGUAUAGUUGGUGUACAAUAUUAUAUGUUACAAGUGUACCAUAUAGUGAUUCACAAUUUUUAAAGGAACUCUCGCUCCUUGCUGCGCAAGAAAUGUCUUCCCUUUCAGAAUAUGCCUUGCGCAUGAGUCGUCUGAGUGCCCGGCUGUUUGGUGAAGUUGCCAGGCCCACUGAUUCCAAAUCCAUGAAAGUGGUGAAGCUGUUCAGUGAGCAGCCUUUGGCCAAGAGGAAGGAGACUUAUGACUGGUAUCCUAAUCACAACACUUAUUUUGCACUCAUGGGGACGCUACGUUUUCUUGGACUCUACAGAGAUGAGCAUCAGGACUUUAAGGAUGAGCAACGGCGUCUGAAGAAGCUUCGUGGAAAGGGGAAACCAAGGAAAGGAGAAGGGAAAAGAGCAACAAAAAGGAAAUAGUGUUGGUCCAUCAGGAGAGGACUUCUCCUUCAGCAGCUGAGAGCAGGAGGAAGUGUAUUUAUUGUCCCUCCACAUAUUGGAGGAGUAUAAGCUUCCUAAGUUGAAGAUUAUUCAGAGGAAUACAGUCAUCUAUGUGCUGAAGUCUAAUGCAGUUGAAUUGUGACUGGUUUCUUGAACACAUUUUAAUUCUGCAACAUUGUUUACCUUGGUUCUGUAAUCUGAAGUCUACCUUAUUCCCCAGAGAAAUGAGUACAUGAUUACUGUUGAAUGACUUGUUUGGGAGGGGAUGGGAUGUUGGCGGAGUGGAGGGGACACUCAUUAAAUGAACACCCUCAUUACUCCCUUCUUGCUUCCCCACUUAGCCAGCCCUAAGCUCUUUCAUCUCUCUGGCUGUUCAGCCACUGUCUCCACCACCAAACUCACAAACUUGAUGUGCCUCUCCACCUACUCCUUUGAGAAUAUCUGUAAGAUAAAUUUGUGGGAUAAAAGGCUGCGUCUGUUAAGAGAGCAUUGGGUACCUGCUGUAUACAGGAUACCAGAGCCCGGGUAAUACAAUGAUUUGCAACAAACA